CAUCCAUCAUCGCCACUCAUACCACCACCACAAUGCUCCGCAGGGCUCUCAUCAGGACCCCUCUCCAGGCAACUCGCCACUCUAUCGUAGCUCCCUCUGCCCGCGCUCUCCACGCCACGCCGCUGGCAUGGGAACCGUCUAAGGCUAAGGGCGAGGAAGCGGCGGCUCCCGACGGCGAGCAAAAGGCCGCCGAUGCCAACCGUUCAAUCCUCGGUUCCCUCUUCUACGGUUCCGACACGGCCAAGGCCGAGGGCGACAUCACCAAGAGCCAGCACUCGAAGAUCGUCGGCCGCGGCAAGUACGUCCACGAGCUCAUCACGCACUCGGUUAUCCCGGGGCACCGCGAUGCGUACGUCGAGGCUGCCGACAAGUACUUUGCCGCCUUGAUCGACCACCACUCGGAGCUGGGCAACCUCAAGGUGUCGGGCAGCUUUGAGACCAUUGUUGGCGACGUUGGCAACUUUAACCAUAUCCUCGAGUACGAUGGCUACAAGGGCUACGACCAGGCGCUCCAGAGCCACCGUGAUAGCAAGGACCUCAAGUCCAAGCUCGAUGCCAUCCUUCCCCACCUCCAGAGCCGCCAGCACCAGAUCAUCUCCGAGUUCUCCUUCUGGCCGUCUUCGCCUCCAUACAACAGCGGCUACCCCAACGGUGGCGUCUUUGAGCUGCGUACAUACCAGCUGCAGCCUGGAAAGCUUCUCGAGUGGGAGUUCGCCUGGCGCAGGGGCCUCGAGGCCCGGCGGCAGUUUGUCGAGCCCGUGGGCGCCUUCUUCUCGCAGGUCGGCCAGCUGCACCAUGUGAUGCACAUCUGGCACUACCCCAGCCUGCAGGCGCGAAAGGAGACUCGCGAGUCUGCCUGGAGCAUUGGUGGCUGGAGUGAGACUGUCAGGGAGACGGCGAGACUCGCUCAGUCAAUGUCAACCGAGAUCAUGGUUCCGACCAGCUGGAGCCCCCUGCGUUAAUCAGGCGAGCGACCACAACACUGGGCUCCCCUCCCGAGAGGAGCUCAUCAGAGAACGAUUUCACCGGUUGUACUGUAGUUUCCAGCACGGAUACAGGGCAUGCACGAAAGAGCUAAGGAAUAAUGGUAACACCUCGAGAAUGAACAACUACUCUUAUGACUAUGACGCAGACCUUGUCCUUCGGGGCACUUCUUUCGCUUCACACCUUG